AUUCGAAUUUAUGCCCUUCCAUCAUCCAUCAAUAAUUCUAGCUAGCCUGAAAAACCACUGAAGAAGCUAAGUAAAGAACAUGAACUGUUUUAGGCCUAAGACACCCAAAACCCCCCAAAUGCCUCAGGUACCAAUAACCCAACAAGAAAGCAGCAGCCGGGCUGUAACGCAUGAACUUCUCCUGAGCAUCCCGGGAUCCAAGGUCCAUCUCGUGGACGCCGGCGAAGCCAUAGAGCUAGCCAGCGGCGUCUUCACGGUAUGGCGAAUAGCGGAAGACGGCGUGUCGGUGGCCACCACCGUGAAAGUGGGCGACGAUGUGCAGUGGCCGCUGACGAGAGACGAGCCGGUGGUUAAGCUCGCUGCUCUCAACUACCUGUUCACCAUUCCGGUGGUGAGAGACGGCAACAGUUUGAGCUAUGGGGUGACGUUCUCGUCGGAGGGGGAGUACUUGAGGUCUCUGGAUUCGUUCCUGAAAGAACACUGCCUGUUUUCGAGCUCGAAGACGGAUAGGAAGAAAGGUAGUAGUGUUGAGUGGAAAGAAUUCGCGCCCAGGGUUGAUGACUACAACAAUUUUUUGGCGAAGGCUAUCGCGGGCGGAACGGGUCAGAUUGUCAAGGGGAUUUUCAUAUGUAGCAAUGCUUAUGCUAAUCAGGUAUAUAAAGGAGGAGAAACAAUUUUGAGUCCAGCUGGACAGGAGAAAAGUUGUGUCAAUGCAAUUGAAAGGAAAAGCAGUGUGAACGGUGCUGCCAAGAAAAGUGCCGUCAACAAUUCUCUGAAACGUGCAAGGAAGCUGUCCCAAAUGACAGAAAAGAUGAGCAAAGCUAUGCUUGAUGGUGUAGGGGUAGCCACUGGAUCAAUCAUGGGUCCCAUGGUUAGGUCCCAAGCUGGAAAGAAGUUUUUGUCUAUGGUUCCAGGAGAGGUCCUCUUAGCCUCACUUGAUGCUGUUAACAAGGUUUUGGAUGCAGCUGAAGCUGCUGAGAGACAGGCAUUUUCUGCUACUUCUGGUGCUGUGACUAAAAUGGUGUCUCAAAGGUUUGGGGAGAACGCAGGGGAAGCAACACAAGAUGCACUUGCAACUGCAGGCCACACUGUAGGCACCGCUUGGAAUGUCUUCAAAAUACGAAAAGCCAUCACCCCUGGUUCAUCUGUCACUUCUGGAGUGCGAAAUGCUGCAAAAAAUAGUAGAAGAUAAACAACAAAAUUAAACCACUAAACCUUAACCUUUUAAAACAUCGAAAAACUAUGGUUUGUGUUGGUUAUUGUAUGGUUUAUUCAUUCUACCUCUAUUAUGAAUGAUACCUUUUUUUU